UAGGCUAUAGGCUAUAUUAAGGCCUCAUGGCUUGCCUUUUACUUAGGCCUAUACAGUAUUAUGAAAGGAGUAAGCUGUAAAACUUUAUCAUCACCCAGCUCCUUUGAACUUCACCUUUUAAAUGUUCCUCAUUACAUAUAAAAAUGUGAUCCGCGGUUUAGGUGUAGCCUUUAGUUAACGUGCUGUUUUAUUGAUCUCAGCAUGUGAGGUCUUUUUCCACAAAAAUAUGCCAAUCAAACCACUGUGUAAACCAGUGUGCGCACAACUCGUGUCGUGCGCACGCGUCAUCAGCGGCUCGAGGGAUGCUGAUGGAAACCGUUGGGAGACUUGGCUGUUUGCUCUGAGGAAAGGGGUCCGUUAGUCAGACCAGACGUCUCCUUGGCUGAAUCGAGCUAUUUUUAAACCCAGUGUUUUUGGGGGCAGAGCAGGCAAUAACGGUAUCAAGUGUCUGUGUAGCCUAUGACUCCCCCACCAACCCCACCCAAUGUCCAGAGUCUAAUAAUAGCAGGAGUCCUCUAUUUCUGUAUGGGUGUAAAGAAUGGGAUGACGGUUAUUUCAGCUGCAAGCGUUCAUCUUACAUCAGCUGCUCGAGACUGCUUACUUACUGUAUUAUGAAUAAUGUAUGCACAGUGCUGUCCAUCAUGUGUUCUCAAGCUGCGCAAUAUGAUUUUCAUGAUUGACAAUAUAGGCCUACUCCAUCCUGGAGGACAUCAAAUCACAAAUAGCCAUGAAGUUUCUAUGAACACCAGAGUAGCCUAUAUCGGAAAAACAAACUGGCAUGUGCCCUACAUGUUCUAAAAUCGCUGAGAAUAUGAUUUACAAGGUCAGAGGGCGACUUUUUACAUUUGUAUUUACGAGUUAUUUCUGGCGUCGGCGCAGUUGGUAGCCCACCAAGCAGUGGGCCAGUGUGCGUCAUUAAGUUUCUUCUCAUGGAAAAAAGGCAGCAAGGAGCACCGUCUGAGUGGACCCAUGUGUGAUGUGUCAGCGCACAACACACACAGAAGGGGCUCGUUGAGUCAGAAAGAAUCAAUAUUCUCUACAGCCACCCGCGCGCCACUGAGAGCAAUUUGCUGAGACGGACAAAAAUAAUAUAAUAAAAUAUUAUCCAUACUUGGCACUUAUUUUGCACGUUGGGCACUAAUAGCCUACGUCAAUAAACUACCCGUCUCAAUGUAGUUGAUCGUUGUUGUUUUUCUUUAAUGCUCCAGAGUUUAUGAAGACUGAGAAAAUGAGUUUUUCCAGCGGUGGCCACAACACACGGGGCUGGCGCUAUUUCCUUGAACGCAAGUCCACCGUCGUUUGUAAUGCCAACGUGAUGUAAACCGUUGGAGUGUCAGAUACGCUCAUUCACAUACGUUCAUACUUCCCGUUCACCGCCAUAAUCUUGGAACAAAGGGUUAUACACACUGCUGCGUGCUAACAUCUGGGUGACAACAUGGACUUCACCAUCCACGCGGCAUCGCUCGAGGACUGUAAAGACAUCUCGCGGAUGAUCUUGGAAUUGGCCGAAUAUGAGAAGGUGUCAGAUCAAGUGAAAAUUACACAAAGAGACCUUGAGCAAGAUGGUUUCUCCAAAAAUCCCUUCUUCCAUGGAAUCAUUGCGGAGGUGCCUGAACAGCAUAGGAGCAAAGAUGGUCACACCAAGAUUGGCUAUGCGCUCUACUUCUACACGUACAGUUCGUGGAAAGGCAGGGCGGUGUACAUGGAGGACCUGUACGUCAUGCCAGAGUACAGGGGCAAAGGCAUUGGGAAGGCGUUGAUGAGUAAGGUUGCUCAGCUGGGUCUGGCUGCAGGGUGCACUCAGCUGAACUUCGCCGUGCUUGACUGGAACAAGUCGUCUCUGGACUUCUACGUGAGCCAGGGCUGUUUCGACGUCACGGCCGACCUGGGCUACCACUGCAUGCGCUGCGAGGGAGAGAAGCUGGAGAAACUGGCUCAGGGGGAUUCGUAAAAGAAACAAAGGCAUCAAGUGGUGCAAUUGCAACCUGUCCAAUGCACACAUACAGUACAGGCACAAGUGUAAAACCAAUGAUUACAUUCUAUGGCCACAGUAUGGCUCAACAGAUUUGAAGUGUUUUCAACUGCUUGCUCUGCAACUGGAAGAAAACCUCUUGGUUGUAAUUUACUAAUCAGAAAUGCCCACUUGGUAUCAUUUUCCAAUCAGGAAAUCUGUUUUUUCAACUGUGGAAAGUUGAAAAUGCUUCAAAUUUGUUUAGCUGAAUAGAGUGGAAAAUUGAUGUCCUUUCUAAUAUACAGUAAUUGCAAGUAUAAGAAAGCGGGUAUCACGCCAGUAACUCCAGACUUGCUGGGUACUUCAGUUUCGAAAGUAGUAAUCCAACAAUCAAAGGAGGGAAACUCACACACCACAACUGUGUGAGUUCCACUUCAUGGACUGUUGCUUUGCAUACAUGCACAUAGACUUCCUGUCUGAGGUACCCCAACAACCCAUUUUCGCCCUUUUUGACCCUUCCAAGGGUCCGUCCAAUCCAAUCCCAGACAGGGGCUAUUAGCCUUGAAGUGUAGAAAAGGGUGCUGAUGGCAAAACACUUAAAAAAGCUUUAUGCUAUCUGUUCCUAUUCUGCACAUACAGUAAAAAAGCAAGACUUCUAUCACAGCAUUCAAUGGCUGUCUCCCAAUGUCCAGUGUUCUAGCCUUGCCAGGA